AUGCAAUCAAAUAGUUUUGAACUUCUCAGUACAGGGGAUGAUGAGAAGGAGAUAGAUAUUACUCAACCCCCGAGAACCAAUCCAAUUAGUAGAAAAUUACCUUCUAAAUAUUGGGUUCUUCGAUUGCUUUUAGCGACCUUAUCCUUUUGUGUUGUGCAAUUGAAUGUAGCGUCCUUAUUAUCAUGCAAUGAGAAUAGUAUAUAUGGAUGUACUCCUCAAUUUCUGGUACAGACUUAUGAAGACUCCAAGUUUUCCAAUCUGUGUAUCUCAAUGAUUCAAGAUGCACUUUCAUUGGUUUCUUUUGUUGCAACAGAUUUCACUGGUGACAGCAUGGAUAAUGAUCUGAAGGUUGCAAUAAUCGACACCCUCUCUUCAGAAAACAUCUUCAAUGUCAAUUUUAAUGGAUAUUGUCGAUUUAACUAUGGAACAAAAUUACAAAAAUGUCAUAAAUCACACCUAGAAAUAAUCUCUUGUUGGACUCUCGAUGUUGGAUUACAAUUGGGAGCGGUAUCAAAUAGAUCAGAAAUAGUGGGAGAAUCGUUUGUCUCCACUUAUGGAACUGUCUUGAGAUCUUUAAAUGAUCUUUACAUUCUGGGGCAAAAAGAAGAAGAAGACAAUUCUUCUCAAGUCCUUGAUAUGUCUACACUACAAAUGAUUAGAAUGUUGAAUAUAACUGAUCUUUUCACUAAAAUCCUAUCAAGUAUUUCAAAAAUAUCAGUUCAUUUAUCGUUUUUGGUGAUGAUAUAUUCCAUUCUAUUAUUUAUAAAACCGAUUCAAACAAUUAUACUUCAACUACUAAUUUUUUGUGACAUUCUACUAUGUCUUCAGAUCAUUCUAAACUCAGUAAUGUGGAUAAGUGUAUUAAUUUACAUCAAUAAAUUUGAACAGAUUUUCAAUAGAUUUGACUUUGCAACCAUCAAGUUGUCCACUGGAUUUAUAUUAACCAUUCUUAACGCAAUAAUAUUAUUUAUUUUGGUAUUGCUUACGAUAAAACUUCAUCAAGAGAAAUCAAAACGUCACCCCCACAAUUGA